GGUUAUUCUAAAUCCUGAAACAUCCAGUCAGACAGCACAAGUGACAUCUAGAAUAGCUAUUAGCAUGAUGGCCACACGAUGGCGCUAUAUCACUAGACAAAAAGCAAACGAACAACUGAUUUAACACAAACGCACGAAUAUCUCAUUAUUAUUUGGGUAAUUUACUUCUAUAUUAAUAUUUCGCUUAAAUAUUUAUUUGUAAAUCCAAGAAAAUAAAGUAUCGACAAAUAAGCAGCAAAAUAAUUAAGCUGCUUAAAAUAACCCGUAUCAUUGCGUGACAAGCAAUACGUCUUUAACCUAUAAUUGUUUUGUGUUUGGUCUUAAAUAACUUAAAUAACCGUUCUGCUUUUUUGUGGACUUAACUGGAAUGCAACUGCCCCGUGUAAGUUAAUGUGUUGGCUGUAUUUAGGGAAAUCCACGCGUCCGUGGAGGCGGUGCUUAGUGGAGUUCACUGAAAAGAGCGAAGACACUUCAGUCUGAAGCAGUUUGAGUUUCACUCAACGCUUAACAUUUGAUUUUCUCUCCCCAUUUGUAACAUCGACACGAUUUACAUGUGAUUCGUAAUGUUUGUGGUUAUCUGAGUCGCUUUCUUCUGUGAUUUCAGUCCUGCGUGCCACAUGAAAACUGUUCAUCGACGACACACUGACUUCAUAAGGUGAUGCGCAGAGGAGCCUUUACACAUUGGUUUCAGGGUCCCAUUGAACAACAUCAGAGAUGCUGAUCCAUAGCACAAACAUUGAGAAGGACUUCCAAGCACCAGAUUAACAACAACAACAAAACAUCUCCUUGUAUUUGUCUACCUCUCGCUUCAACAAACGUCCAAAGUCCAGUCUCAAAAUAUGGCGUUUUUAAUGAAAAAGAAGAAGUUCAAGUUUCAGAUACACUUCACCCUGGAGGAGCUCACGGCUGUGCCAUUUGUCAACGGGAUGCUUUUCUGCAAAAUCAGAUUAUUGGAUGGUGGAGACUUUUCUAUUUCUUCAUCCAGGGAAGAGGUACAGGAGAACUGCGUUCGCUGGCGAAAGAAGUUCUCGUUUGUGUGCAAGAUGAGUGCCAGUUCAACCACGGGAGUCCUGGACCCCUGCAUUUGCCGCGUGUCUGUGCGUAAGGAGCUUAAAGGUGGAAAAGCUUUUUCAAAGCUGGGCUUUGCUGACCUCAAUUUGGCGGAGUUUGCUGGUUCAGGCUCCACUGUUCGCUGCUGUAUAUUGGAGGGAUACGACACCAAGAACACUCGGCAAGACAACUCCAUACUCAAGGUUACUAUUGGCAUAACUCUUCUUUCGGGAGAUCCCUGCUUUAAAACGCCUGUAAGUACAGCUAAGACUAUUGCCAUAGCUGGGCAGGACCCCUCUCUGCAGCUGGACCGCAAGGGAGAAGGCACUGCAGACCACUCUGUGCCAUCACUUGGCAGCACCGCUCGCCGACCAAUCAAAAACAGACCCUCUGUGAACAACUCGGGAGGCCUUCAGGAAGGAUUGGAAGAGAACCUGUCCAGUCCGGAUGAAGUGUUUCACAAGGGUCACUCUCGCAACUCCAGCUUUGCCAGCCAGCAGAGCAAAAUCUCAGGUGGGACUCAGGGCACGAUCAAAAGAACACCAGGCUACAGCACAGAGUACUCUCGCUCCUCCAGCCUGACGGAUCUCUCCCAUCACCGGCGAAACACCUCCACCAGCAGCAGUAACACAUCAGGAGGGACCGCUACAGCUGCCGAGAGCCCUGUAGAGCAGGAGAAAGAGCUCGUAAAACCAGAAAAGCCUCCCCGACCACCUCGUCCCGCUAUUCUCCCGAACAGACCCUCAAGGAGAAAGAUGGACUCUGUGGAGAGCCACCCCACCUGGGUGGAUGACACUCGUAUUGAUGCUGAUGAUAUUGUAGAGAAGAUCGUGCAGAGUCAGAACUUUAGUGAUGUCAGCAACAAUGAAGACAGCAAUCUAACACUGUUUAUCAGUAAGGAUGGGACCACAGCCUUAAGUGGCAUCCAGUUGGUCAGCAGGGUGUCUGCGGGUGUUUUCGAACAAGUGGUGAUCGAGAGUCAUUAGAUCUCUGAUGGACAACUGCCGUCCUUUUUAUUUUUUAAUGAAUAAGACUGACUUUAAAACUUGCCCCUUUCUGGGUGUAAAUCUGUGUUCUCGCAUAUUACAAAGGUAUCAGUCUAAUCAUGCUUUACUUUUGCAAAGUGGGUACACCCAUAGCUCUAUGAUUAAGAAUGAAUAAUUAUCAAUAUUUUACACCUGAUUCUGAGGAUAUCAGCUACUUGAAAUGCCUAGAAGUGAGGCAUGAUGGGAUCUUCAGUCUAACACUGUAAAAUAUGAGGACAGUCCAAAGGAUUUGGGAUAUUAUAUUAGAUUUUAUAAGCCUUACAGACUUUAUUUAAUUGCAUAUUAAUUGUCUUUUAUUUUUAUAAUAUACCCCAAUAUAUGCUACAGUAAGUGGAGGUUACAAACCACUAAAAUCUUAUAAUAAUGCCAUGUAGUCAGUAACCAGCCCAUUACGCUAAUACCAGCCCAUGUCAGCUAUUGACAAAUAAGCCUAAAGUUAUUUACAGUAUGGCUGGCCAUACAAAAAACACUUUUGGCCAUUCCCUUCACAAAACCUACUAUCAGUAUCCUAACUGUGUGAGACGGAGAUGGUUUGGUUACUUAUGUUCCAGCUGGACUGGUUAACAUAACAUCUAUAAAUUUCUCACUACAGUUCACGAUUUGUUUCGAUGUCUGUCUCAGUAUUUUGUCUCAUUCACUGUUUGAAUCAUUUAACUGUGCUGCUGGUUUCAGCUGUGAAUGUUCAUGUGACUAUGUGUUUAGACUCUGACAGCUACUGCGAUGUUUCUUUUAACAUAGCUGGCCGCACAACGAUACAGUUGAGCUAUUUAUGUGGUACUUGGAAGGGCCUGGCGUGCAUCAAAACGGUCCUAUCCCGGGGUGAUCCUGGAUGAAGAGGCUAAUAGCUGACAAAGAGAUAAAUGUUCAGGACUAGAUUUUAUAGGUUUUAGCUGAAAAGUUGCAUCGCUUGUAGGGUUAGAUCAGAGACCGUGAUUCAUAGUCACAAGACUUUGUGCCUGGCAACUGCCUUUGUGUUUCUGACUGGCACCUGGUGUGCACUAGGAAACAGCGUGCAAUAGACAUGAAAGAGAAUGGAAAAUCCCAUUAUGUGUUUCUCUGUAAUGUUUAUUGCUUAUUUGUCAUGUAUUUAUAACUAGCCAUGAUCUUAAUCAUGGAAAAGAGUAUUUCUCAGUUGAUCUGAGAGCUUAAAAACUGACAUUGCGAGUUCUGUACUCGUUUCGCACAUGUUUCGUCAGUUAAGAGAAAAGUGCAAUGUGGGCCUAUUCGUCGUGCAAGCCCAUUUUAAUGAAUUCUUGCAGGGAAAGCCCUAAAAAACAUUUCAUCGGUCCAGUGGCUUAAAAUUACAAGCAUUAAAAGAAUUAGUGUUCACAAGUAUACUAAUGAGGGAAAGUUAUAUUUGUGUUUUAAAUCCAUUACGCCAUUUAAAUUAUGACUAACACCUAAUAUUGUGGCUUAAGCUUGGCUGCUUUUCUUCAGGAUUUUGAGAUAAAUAGCUACAGAAGAUGUUGAGAUAUUCAGCACUCUGAGAUAUUUAGGGUAACACUAAAUUUGAAAGGGAAAAAUAAAUGACCAAGCCUGGUGUUCUGGAUGUCAUAAAGGGAUUUUCCUUAAGACGCUGAACAAUGUGUCAUCUAACUGUUUUCAUUGUUUACUUUUUUGUACUGUACUUCUUUUGUUCACUCUGAAAUGAAAAACUUAUUAGCAACUUACAAUAGAUGAAUAACUAUCCUGUCAUGUGUCUUUUCGAACCAGCUGGCUGGUUCAUUGGAAUCUCUUAUCAUGGAAAUUUUCUCGCGUAUUAAAUAACAUUGUGAUGGCAUGCACAAAAGAUAACCAUCUACAAUUCUUGUGCUUCUUCUCUUUUCUUACGUUAUCUUAUGAAACGUCUAUAUUAAUGUUGAUGUUUUAGUUUUCAGUCAUGAUUGACUAAUCUGUGAUCAAAAAGAAUAUAAGGAGCUCAGAUGCAAAAGCUACUAAACGCCACCUGUGAGAUAAUGAUAUUAACUGAAUGGUUUUGGGCACGUAUUACAUGUUCAUCAUAUACUUUUGCUUCAUAUCCGCUUAAUCCUGGCCUCAGGCCAUUCAGAAAUACCGGUUUGUUUGCAAAAUCCAUUGAUAAAGUCUGAUUAAAAAGCUAGUCACUUAGAGGGUUUUGCAUCUGAGCUCUUCAUUUACUUUAGCCUCAGAAAAAAUCAAGAGACCACUUCAAGAUUAUUUUCAGUUUUUCUCAAUUUACUAUUUAUUGGUGUUUAAGUAAAAUUAUUAUUUUUUGUUUCAUUCUGUCAAUGACCAACAUCAUUUCUGACAAAUUCCUUAUAAAAGUAAUGAUUUUAAUUGCAGAAAAAUUUAACUGAACAAACUAACAAAAAGAUCUAAUCUUUUCAGAUCUUUAAUACUGCAAUGAAAAAAGUUUUGCUUAAUUUUUAAACAACACAAUGAUAUGGUUUUACAUGUAUUUUAGGAAUAAAAAAAAUAAUAUUUGAUGAAAUAACCUUAAUUUUAAUCACAUCUUUUAUGUGUCUUGGCAUGGUCUUUUACCUUGCUGUUGGGUGACUUUGUCACUCCUGAGGUUUCCUUUUGUUGAAAUUCAAAAGACAUUGGACUGCAAUGUCACAAUACAUGUAGAAAUGAUGAUUACAGCAAAACUAGAGUGGUCUCUUAAUUAUUUUCCCGCAUAUAUAUAUAUUUAAGAUGCUGUUGCAGGGAGCUAAAUUGGGUCUAUACACGCACACCUUAAUUUUGGUAGCAGAAGAACUAUGUUCUUUAUAGUAAUAUGCACUGUAAAACCUAACAGUUAACUCAAACCAUUUAAGUAAACUGGUUGCAUUAGACCAUUUAAGUUUCAAAACACAUAAAUUUGAGUACUGUGAACUUGAAUCAUGUGCAAUUAUGCACUUAUAUUUAAGUAGUGUGAACUUAAAUAUAAGUGCAUAACUGCAUAUGACUCAAUUUGUUUAAGUUCACAGUACUCAAAUGUAUGUGUUUUAAAACUAAUGCAACCGGUUUACUUAAAUGGUUUGAGUUGAGUUAACUUUUAGGUUUUACAGUGUGUGCAUUUCAGUAAUCAGUUUUUUUUAUCAAACAUAAGACUGGUAUACAUUUACAUUUAUAUUUUGUUAAUAUCAUUACAAAGAAAAUGUAAAGUGGAAUCCAAAAUGUAUUAAAUGCAUUGGUUAUGAGUUUUACAAUAGUUAAGAUAUAUGAUUUUAAACAUAAAACAAAGGAUGAACUGCAUUAUGGCUGCACAGGAAUACACACAAAUAUAUGUAUAUAUAACAUUCACUACAACAGCACUUAAAUACUAAAGACUAAUUUAACUCACACGUUAACACAGAAUGUUAUCAUUUCACAUUUGCUAUAGAGAUAAAAACUGCACUUGAGUCAGAAGCUUUCUAAAAUAACAUGCAUAUUGCUUACUAUAAUGUGAUAAAACAAAUAAAAUAUAUAUUCUGGAGAUUUCUUUACAAAGUAUAUAACCUAUGUAAAUUAAUUUACCACUAAGUAAUAUGGAAAUGAAUUUAUUUUUCUGAUCGUGACAAAUGUUUUAAGAUCACACGUGUUUUAUUGUCCCAAAGUUUUCAUGUUGUCAUGUUUGGUUUGCAUGGAGAGGUAUACUGUAUUUUCUAACAAUAGACCUUGACUAUAUUUGUACACUCAAAUGUGAAUGUUUUUUUCUCAAGUGUAACUGUCAGGUGAUGUUAUCUGUACGUAUUAUUUUGGGGAAAUAAAGUUAAUGUUGGGUACUUA